UAAAUAAAUAAAUAAAAUAAAAAUCAAAAAUCAAAAAUCAAAAAUCAAAAAAAUCAAAAUCGAUAAAAGACGGAGUGCCACCGAUGCACGCCCAAUCUGAUUUUUCCCCCAAACUCCCAAUUCACACAACGGAACCCUAAAAAUUGUUAACCAUUCUCAAAUUAAAUUUGAAAACCCAAGAAAAAAGCAAGAAAGACAAAAAAGUAAUCAAACAUCGACCUCGACCUAGCCCAGCGAACGAACUUGCUUCAUCGAUUGAAUUUGGAUUUUGAUUUUGGUUUUCCAUAACAAACUCUUUGCUCUUGGCCAGUAGUACGACUUAAUUGUUAUAUCUCUCUCUCUCUCUGGUGAUGGUAAACUGUUUUUAAAUGGAGGAACACCAUUUAGAUGAGUUUGAGUUUAAUCACAACUAUGUUGGGUGACAGAAGACUUUGGUGAAAAGAAGGGUUCUUGGGCAAAUGAGUGGAGAUGCUUAAUCGGUUAAGUAGACGUUGCUUUUGCACUGCUGCUCAACCAGCACCAUGGCUUUUUGUUGGUUUGGGAAACCCUGGAGAUAAAUUCAAAGGAACCAGACACAAUGUGGGGUUUGAGAUGAUUGAUGCAUUUGCUGAAUCACAAGGGAUUGCAAUGAACACACUCCAUUGCAAAGCUAUCUUUGGUCAAGGUUUUGUUGGUGGGAUCCCUGUUUUCCUGGCAAAGCCUCAAACUUACAUGAAUUUGUGUGGCGAAUCUACAGGACCUCUUGGAGCCUACUAUAAGCUUCCCCUUACUCGUGUGCUUGUGUUUCAUGAUGACAUGAACUUGCCAUGUGGAGUGCUUCGUCUUCAUGAUAAAGGAGGUCAUGGAAGCCACAAUGGGCUAAAAAGUGUGAUCUACCACUUUCGAGGAAACAGAGAAUUUCCUCGCCUAAGAAUUGGCAUUGGGAGGCCCCCUGGCCAAAUGGAUCCCAAAGCAUUCUUGCUUCAAAAAUUCAACAGAACAGCUCAAGAACGAAUUGAUGAUGCUUUGAAAGAGGGAGUUGCUGCACUGAAGCUCUUACUGUCUAAAGGGUUGACAGAGACUGCAAGAAUAUUCAACACAGACCAAAAAUACAAGCAUAUCAGAUAUCAGACCCUGCCAACACCAUAAUAUGGAACUUCAAUUUGUUUAAUUUAUUUUAAUAUUUGGGAUGGCAAUUCGUUCUUAGAUUUUUGAUGAAUUGGUGUUUUACUUGUUGUAAAUGAGCAGACCGUUGCCUUUCUAUACUGAGUAAAAUAUUUGUUUUAAUAUAUAAUAAAAUUAUAAAUAUUACCUUUUCUUUUUA